AUGUCUAAAGUUACAAAUUCAAUUUCAGGACGGGAUGGAAGGGACGGAAGAGAAGGACCCGCGGGACCGAGAGGAUUAAAGGGACCGAAAGGUUUUAGUUUGCAAAUGAAUAGUAAUUUGUCAUUCAUUACAAAGGUGUUACAUGAACUUGCCCCUUACAUUCCCGUUUCAACCAUAGGUGACAAUUCUUUCAAAGGCCAAAGAGAACGCACUGAAACUGGAAAAUAGAAACUCAUACCAGAACACUUUCUUUUUCUUUUCUCAAAUCGUUAAUUUAACUCUCCACGGUUAUAUGUGUUUUACUGAUAUUUUACUAAAAAAGUUUCAAGGUGGCUUUGAAAAAUUUAAGUUAAUUGUAAUUACCUAGUCAGUGUAUGAAACUUUUCGUGAAAAACUUUUGCACAGGCUAGUGGAAUUGACCCAACCAACAUGUCUCAUACCAUCAGAAGACAUGAAACAUUUACCUCUAAGGGCGACUUCUGUGCCAGGCUGUUGAGACUUCGUUUACUAAAUUGAACUACCUUCAUUUUCAGUACUUAUUGCCUUCAUGAAACUACGAUCUCAUUUUCUUUGAUACCAAGUGAUACUGGUCGAACGGGAAGUACUGGACUCAAGGGACCUCCAGGCCCUCAAGGAAUAAAGGGACAAGAAGGACAGAUGUGUGUUAUAACCGCUGGGGACGAAAGAACUGCUCUGGAAAUGCUACUCUGGUGUACACAGGUGGGGAGAAAAAGCAUUUUAUGUGAAUGAAGAAUAAUUUAACCCGCAAUGACUCUCGUAUGUUAUCAUUUUGAUUUUUUUUGUGUUGUUCUUUUCUAACCGAGUCAAAAAAGUAAGAGGCUCGAACGGGAGCCCGUUGCUCCUGGCCCGAACUAAGGAGUAACUCAGCAGUCCUGAAAAGGGAUGUUGCAGGUGAUGGUGAAAGCCAUUUCAAAUAUCACAAUGAUAUUUUUCGCCGGGUGGCGACAGUUCAUUUUGUCUUGGUGGAUGUUUUGUUGUUUGUACGUUUGUUUUACCUUUUUUCGAUUUAAUCUUCCUGAGCCGUAACGGGAAUACUUUUUAUUAGUAAACCAAAUUUUUUAUUUCAGCAAGCUGUUAGUUUUAAGAGGUUUAUGAGUCUUCUUUGGCUUGUGCAAAAGGAUUUAUGGGCAGCGGCUAUUAUACUCAUACCGGAGGUGGUACCAACUACGUUUGUCUCACCAACAAUCCCAUUUAUGAUGAGUUUGUUGAUGGUUGGCAAAACACAGCAGCAAUCUAUGGCACCGAAUAUCAAGCCUCAACAUUUCCAGACCUUAAGAACCUUGACCAGCAUGACGCACCAUGUGCUGCGUGUUAUGUUAGAACACGAGGCUCACAAAUAAUGAUACCUGGAACAAACAAGUGCCCUUCGGGUUGGACAAGAGAAUACAAGGGGCAUCUGAUGACAUCAUAUUAA